AUGAAGUUCUCCAACGUUGCCAUCCUCGCCAUCGCCUCCCUCGUCCAGGCUGAUCUCGGCGACGACAUCAACAGCAUCGGCAACAGCAUCAAGUCCGAGGCCCAGGGCGUCGUCUCCGCCGUGUCCACCGGCGGCGCCGGUGCCGUCUCCGCCGCCUCCACCGUGGCCACCAACAUCAUCUCCGGCGCCUCUAGCGUCGCCUCCGACGUGGCCUCCGCCGGCAGCUCCGCCGCCACCCAGGCCUCCUCCGCCGCCUCCUCCCUCUCCUCCAAGGCCGGCGAGCUCAGCUCCUCCGCCAAGAGCGCCUCCGGCACCGCGGCCAGCUCCCUCUCCCAGGCCGCCAGCUCCGCCAGCUCCGCGGCGAGCACCGCGGCGAGCUCCGCCUCGUCGGCUGCCUCGUCGGCUUCUUCCUCCUCCAAGAACGCGGCUCCCGCCCCUACCGCCAUGGUCGCCAUGGGUGCUCUGUUCGGUGGUGCUGCCGUCAUGGCCAACCUGUAA